UUGUCGCUUGAUUGACGGGACGUUAGUAUUAAUAUUGUAAAUAUUAUGUAAUAUUCCUAUGAUAAUAUUAAUAUGGUUCAAUCAUUAGACAUUGCAUAUUGUGACAAGUAUAAUGGAACAGUAUAACUGGUUACAUGCUGAUUCUAAAAAUGAUACCGAUUACCGGAACGAUUCAUAAUAUUUAUUAUUUUAAAUUUGUCGAAAUUAAGGACGAAGAAGGAAGGACGGAGCCGUUCUCGAAUAAAAUAAGAAAUCGCAAAAUAUGCAUGCAUAAUACAUACGAAAUAUUAAGUUAUAUGUAUAGGUGUAUAAAAUAUUUUACUGCCGACCUUGUAGCAGAAACAAUAUUAUUGUUUAUUGUUGUUUGCCCCAAAAAUGAAAAACGAUAUUACUUAUUAUUAUAAUUUAUAAAACAUAUUGGCUACGCCUAUCGCUCGCCUAUGACGCGUAUAGUUAUAACUCGUUAUCCCAGUUUUAGAUUUCUGAACUUUUUAAAUUUUAAGUUUAAAACACCUUAUAUUUUAUUGUGUAUUUGUGACCGUCGAUUUGUCUAUCCGUUAGAUACCAGUAAAUAAUUUUGAUUGUUUUUAUAGAUUUUAUAACGGUUCUAAUUCAUACAAUUCCGUAUUAAAAUAUAACAAAAAUUAAAAUUGAUGUAUUCAACGUAGUUAUAUUCGCAUUAGCAAAUAUAAAAAUAUAAAGGUUAUCGAAUUAUUUUAAAAUUGUACACGGGAUAGGUAUAGUUUAUUGUUUAUUCGUUGUAUUUAAAAUAAAUUUAUAAAUCAGGGAUUUACACACACAGAGUGAGCUUUCCUAACUUUUUUUUUUAGUUAUUUUUUAUUAAUCCUGAAAGAUUUUCGCUCGUCAACAACUGCGACGCAAAUACAACCGUCACCCAUACCACGUGUUCGCCUCCUAAGUAUUUUAUAUUAUUAUUGUAAUCGUCAUCAUUACUGCCGGACGUCUGUACAAGGGCGGCCGUCCGUCCGUCCGGCGGAGCGUAAUAUUAUAAGUGCCUAGCCACACUAUGCGUUUUGGCGGGUCCGGGUAAAUCGGAUGCGUUUUGACCGGACGGUAUUCACUAUGCCACACUAUGCGGUUUUGUUCCUGCCAAAAUAGCCUUCUCCCGCCAUUUUUUUCAUAUUUUUAUGGACCACAACGGUUCAAACGCUUGUAUAGGACAGACGUAUGAUUCAUUUGAUACUUAACAUCUCAUUUAAGAUUUAACUAUAAGUAUUGAAUACUUAGAGAAAUAUUGAUAUUAUUCAGACACUGGUUAAUUUUAAAUCAAAACAAUUAUUAUAACUAUUUUGAUAUUAUUUUACAAGUAAUAUAGCUUAAAAGUUAUAUUUGAGAAUGAAUCGGAAAAGGGUUAAAGUUGUUGCUGUAGCUGAGGCAUUCGGUUUGUUAGACGAACCUGUAGAACGGAGGUACUGGGUGCAUCCAAUGAAUAAUGAUCGAGAACAAAGUGAACAAUUUAAAAACUUUUUUGAGAAUAUAAGACGUUACCCGGAAAAAUUUUUUGAAUACUAUCGAAUGUCAGUCUCGAGUUUUGAUGAGCUAUUAGAAAAUGUACGGCCUCACAUAACGAAAACUACCACAACAUUUCGUAAACCUAUAUGUGCCGAAGAACGCCUCACAAUUACUUUGAGAUAUUUAUCAACUGGCACCUAUUUUGCUGCUUUGAAAUUUGAUUUCCGAGUUGGAAGGAGUACGAUCGGAAUAAUAGUUAAAGAAACGUGUCAAGCAUUGUGGACAGUUUUACAGCCAACAGAGAUGCCUGUGCCGACCACGAAUGACUGGUUGGAGAUUUCAAAUGUAUUUAAUGUUAAAACAAACUUUCCAAAUUGCUUAGGCGCUAUUGACGGCAAACAUAUCCGAUGUAAAAAUCCUAGUAAUUCUGGAUCAUUGUUUUUCAAUUACAAAAAGUUUUUUUCUGUGGUACUCAUGGCUGUAGCCGAUGCAAAUUUACAAUUUAUCACAAUCGAUGUCGGGUCUUAUGGUCGAGAAGGGGACUCCAAUAUAUUUAAGGAAUGUCCAUUCGGCAAAAUGUUAUAUGCUAAAAAACUUAAUCUUCCUGAACCAAAUCCUUUACCAAACACAAAUAACAAUCCACAGCCAUUUGUUUUUAUUGGGGACGAAGCUUUCGCUCUACAUACAAAUUUAUUAAGACCAUAUCCAGGACGUAACCUAACUGAUACUCGACGUGUAUUUAAUUAUCGAUUGAGUAGAGCAAGGCGGACAGUUGAGUGUGCUUUCGGAGUUCUUGCAAAUAAAUGGCGUGUGUUGCAUACUCCCAUACAAGUGGAACCUGAAUUUACUGACAUUAUCAUCAAAGCGUGUUGUAUAUUACAUAAUUUUGUUCGUAAGAGAGACGGAAUUAAUUUUGAAGAUUCUGAAACCCAUAGCCUGGAUGACAUAGAAGCUCGUGGAACAGGAACUCGUUCAGAAGGCAUUGAAGUGAGGGAUUACUUUGCUGACUAUUUUAUGGGCCCUGGUGCCCUAGAUUUUCAGUAUAAAGUAUUAUAAGCUGUUUAUUUAAAAAGAUCCUUAUUAUUUUAUUAUUUGUAAAUUAGUAAUAAUAAAUUAAAACUGUAAUAUAUUUAGUAUUUUUUUUUAUUUGAUCGAAAAAAUUAUAAACUCAAUAGAAAUUAAAAAUAAUUACUAAUAAUAUUGUAAUACUAUAUUGCAAAUAACCUAUGGUAAAAAUUUAAAAAUAUAUAACAUAAUAUUCUA